GGAAAUAGACAUAAACAGACCGGAUGUAGGUAAACAUUCCUCGCUGAAUUUUGAAGCCGCUCAGAGUCGAUUUGAAAGAGUCUUCCUGUGACACACUAACCUAUUAACUGUGCUAAGACACCGAAACAUGGACAGAUAGUGUUUGUUUUACUGGAUUAAGGGACGUGUUCUGGACACUUAAAGGCACUGAUAUCAACACAUUACCGCUUCUGAGACUCCAGUGUUACCUCCACUGUUCCUGUUGCCACCAGAAUGGCUAACAGUACCACGACAGCAGUGAAGGUGAUGAACCCUGGUCCUGCUGGUCGAAGUAGCCCAGAGGGAUCUCAGGUGCUCAGCAAGAAGAAGCUGCAGGACCUGGUGAGAGAGGUUGACCCCAAUGAGCAGCUGGAUGAGGAUGUCGAGGAGAUGCUGCUACAAAUCGCAGAUGACUUCAUAGAGAGUGUAGUGACGGCAGCUUGUCAACUGGCACGCCAUCGCAAGUCUAACACCUUGGAGGUGAAGGAUGUUCAAUUACAUCUUGAGCGCCAGUGGAACAUGUGGAUUCCUGGAUACGGCUCCGAUGAGAUCCGGCCGUUCAAGAAGGCGUGCACCACAGAGGCUCACAAACAGAGAAUGGCGCUGAUCCGCAAGACAACCAAAAAGUAGCGGGACUUUAUACUCAUUAGUUGUGCGCACUCUGUGUUGUCUUUUCUUUUUAUUUGUCAUCGUUUUUGUUUUUUUUCCCUUUCAAACAGGGAUUCUUUUCUUUUCUUUUGGGGUGGGGGGAUAGGGGUCUGAUGAAGACGACAGAUAUCGCUUGGGUUUUUUUUUUUUGUCAUCAGUUAGUGUUUUCAUUGUCAUAACUCCCUAACUUUAGAGUGUUUUGCCAGCACCAUCACCCACCUACGAUUCAACUGUUGUCACUGAGCAUGUUUUGUUGCCAUUGGAAACAAGCCUGGCAGAACUCUCUGUUCAUUUCAGUUAUUUUUUUUGUCAAUAAACAUUUACAGGGCAGCUUUUUUGAUGUCCACGGCUGUAUGUUGAUACCUUUUUUAAUCAUCUAGAGCAUUCGGAAGUAAGAAUCAAUAUUUAUCUCACUCAUUCAAAGUCAUAUUUGUUGUUAAUUUGCCAAUAAUAGAUAAUUGUAACUGUCAGAUGUGUAAGAGAUGCUUCCCUUUUUUCUUUUCUUUUUUAAUAGAGGGUUUAUAAGACCAAAUUCCUACUUCGGUUUGUGGCCACAUUUACAAUAACGUCUUUGUUCUGUAUGUACUGUUGUGUAUUGAUACUAAAUGUCGUAAGUUUGACUUGAUAAAUACAUUUAUUUCAACAAUC